AUGCUUUCCGUCCAGUUUGUUAUACUCACCCUGAUUCCCGAUGUCAUCGAAGAAAUCUGGCCUCUCCUCUUUGUCUGGGGGCUCGGCGUUGGUCUCCCCCUUGCAUCCCUUAUCGUCAUGCUUAACAUGCCACUUCGAGACCCUUUAUUGGACAGUUCUGGUAUCGGAAAACCGUUUACUGAACCCACGGCUUCUGUUCGUAGCCCCGAAGAUAUCAUUACUUUGUGGCAAUGGAUGACCGUGUCUUGGAUGGCGCCUUUGAUUCGAAUUGGCUACAAGCGGCAGCUGAACAACGAGGAUGUCUGGUCUCUCGCAUACGAGUUUCAACAUGACCGGCUGCACAGGCUGUUCCGCGAGGUUCCUGGGACAGUUCUCGCACGGCUUCUAAAAGCCAACGGUCUGGAUCUCGUUAUUAUUUGUUGUCUGGGAAUAUGCGAGACAUGCCUCGACCUGGCGAGUCCGGUCUUGCUCAAGCAGUUGCUCGGCUCACUUACAGCAGCUCCCCCAAACUACCGAGCCGCCAUUGCCUACGCCGGAAUUACCCUCAUUACUAGGCUGAUCAAGACUCAAUCUGGAGUAUUCAGUCUUUGGUAUUCCCGUCGGGCAUAUGAACGAUGUCGAGGAGAAAUGAUUACUAUGAUUCAUGAGAAAACACUCAAGCGGAAAGCCUUUACUUUCCCCAGCGGAAACACGUCCGUUCCAUCUUCAGCCGAAGAGCAGCAAGAAUCGCAUCAAGAAGGCAUUUCAACUGCAACAACAUUAACUGAUGACGAAUCUGACAGUGAUAAUGACGGUGAUAAUAAGAGCUCCGGUCUUAGUGUAGUUGAAAGACUCAGACUCCUUCUGCGUCGCGGUUACAGAAAGUUCAUCAGGUCGGAAUCUAAUGCAGAAACGCCCACAGAAAGCGCCUCGCCUGCAUCAACAGGAAAAAUCCUCAACCUAAUGCGCAACGACGCCUAUGAAGUUGCCCAACGAUUUUGGGAAGCCGCAGGUCUUAUUACAAAGCCCCUUAACUUCAUCAUCUCACUCGUGUUAAUCUGGAACAUCCUGGGCCCAGCGUCCCUAUCGGGAAUUCUCGUCUUAGUGACUGGCAUGGCCUUCAACAUGGGGCUCAUGCGUAUGUUGCUGCGCAUUGAACAAGAUCGCCGCGAGGUAACCGACACGAAGCUCCAACGGACAAGCCAGUUUGUCGAGGCCAUUCGGCACCUACGAUGGUACGCUUGGCAAAAUGCCUGGCUGGAAAAGAUCAUGGAAAGUCGGCGUGAUGAAUUAUCCAAACGGAUUAAGGGCAAUAUCGUCAUGAAGGCAAUUUCCAUAGUCAACUCUCUCGCGGCAUAUCUCUUCCCGGUUGCCGGUUUUUGGGCAUUUGCCAUCGUGUCCAAGAAGCCAUUAACUGUGGACGUGGCAUUCCCUGCACUCGACUUGUUCAGUACGUUGCAAGACAGUCUAAGGGAACUUCCUGACCUGAUCACGGUCUUGUUAAAUGCGAGAGUGGCAAUGAUGAGAAUUGAGAAGUUCAUGUUGGAGCCAGAGAAGGAAGAUUUGGAGGAAAGCGGUGGCGAAGGAGAAGCUGGUGUCUGUCCCCUGGAAGAGCUCGAGGUUGUCCUCAAGGACGCUUCGUUCUCUUGGCCUGGUGCAGCGAAGAGGGUGUUGAGGAACGUUUCAGUAACUUGCCGUCCAGGUCUGACACUGGUAUGCGGCAAGGUGGGCAUCGGGAAGUCGGCAUUGCUCCAGGCUGUUCUUGGCGAGAUGGACCAGCACGGUGGCGAGAGGGUAGUGCCCCGGGAGAUGAUCGGGUACUGUGCCCAGAGCCCGUGGUUGGAGAGCAUGAGCAUUCGGGAGAACAUCUUAUUUUCAUCCAUCUACGACAAAACUCGAUUCGAACAGGUACUGGAUGCUUGUUGCCUCCGGGAAGAACUUGACAAGUUCCGUUGCAAGGAUCUCACUCUUAUUGGAGAGAAUGGAGUUGGACUGUCGGGAGGUCAGCGAGCACGAGUAGCUUUAGCAAGAGCCAUCUACAGCCGAGCACGGAUCCUACUGCUCGAUGAUCCUAUUGCUUCUUUGGACCAUCAAACGGCCACCAGGAUCAUGAAAAACCUGUUUUCCGACAAAAACUGCCCCCUAACCGCUGGUCGGCUUGUCAUCUUUGUCACUCACCGCAUCGAUAUUGCUACCCCUUAUGCAAACCAAGUCAUUGAGAUCCUGGAUGACGGCCGGAUCGAAACGUUUGACAGAACAGAGUUGGAAAGCAACGAGGAAGAGCUACAACACCUAGCUAGCCUGGUUCGCUCCGCCACCCAAGCAACCCUCUCAGCUCACGGAUCACGCUCGGAAGAAGAAGAACCGGUCCCUGAUAAGUUCAUCGAGGACGAGCACCGCGUAAAUGGCGGGGUCCUGGCAUCAGUAUAUUGGCAAUACGUCAAAGCUGGCCGCCUGCGAUGGUGGGCAGUCGUAAUCUUUUUCUUCACUCUCUUCAGGCUCGUCAGGUUGGCGUACUUCUGGUUUCUUAAAGAAUGGGGUGAGAAAUAUGACGAAGAAACCGAAGCUCGUUACCGACUCACUCAUCUCAGUUUCCAAGGAGAUCUUCAGCGUCUUAAUCCUGCUCGUCACGCGCUUCAAACUGCGAGCAUCCCCAGUGCCGAGAAAUGGCUGGAUUUCAUGCCUUCACCCGCCGCCGAUGUGAAACCAUGGUUGUUGGGAUUUUUGCUCUUAAGCUUCGGGCAAGUCUUCACAUUGGCCCUUUCUGACAUCGCUCUCGUGGUCAUUGUCUAUCAAGCAGGCAAAAACCUUUUCCAGAGGGCCAUGCAUCGAGUUGCAAACGCUACUUUCAGAUUCUAUGAUGUUACCCCUGUUGGACGGCUCAUGAACAGACUGACAUCAGACAUGGGUACCGUGGACGGACAGAUAGCAGGCCAACUCAUGUCCGUGGCAUGGUUUGCACUCGGAUGGCUGUCGUCGAUUGCGGUUAUCGCUACUACUACUCCUCCCUUCCUCCUCAUUAGCAUGACCAUGACCGCACUGUUCAUCCUCAUCUUCAAUCGGUUUUUGCCCACAUCUCAGUCUCUCCGUCGGCUUGAGACGGUGUCACUUUCGCCUCUCAUGUCUAACUUCGGCACACUAGUUGAAGGACUGACCACAGUGCGUGCUUUCCAUGCGGAGCAUCACUUCCAAAAUCGUGUGGUUGCGAAUACGGAUACGUUCCAGAAAAUGGAUCAUAUCUACUGGUGUCUUCAGGCUUGGCUCCAAUACCGCUUCGACCUCCUCUCUGCACUCAGCACCUUCGCUCUGACACUCACAGCAAUUCUCUCAGGCUUGUCAAGUGGCACUGUUGGUUUCGUACUCGCCUCUGCAUCUAAUUUUGUUCAGGCCACCCAUAGCCUCUGUCGUCGUUACGGCGAGAUGCAGAUGCAAUUUGUGAGUGUCGAACGAUUAAUCGAGCUUCUUGGCUUGGAGCAAGAACCUUGCGGAAACAUCAAGCCACCAGCGUCUUGGCCAUUGUACGGCGACGAUAUUAUUUUUGACAAAGUCACUCUGCGAUAUGCCCCUGAACUGCCCCCCGUCCUGGAGAACGUCAGUUUUAGGAUACCUGGUGGUGCGAAUGUUGCUGUCACCGGCCGGACGGGCUCAGGCAAGAGCACCCUUGCUCUCAGUUUGCUUGGCAUCCUUCAUCCUGAUCACCGGGGCGGUGGCAGCAUUUGCAUUGGUGGUGUCGACCUCGCCAACGUGGACAAGCAAGCGCUUCGCCGGAAUAUCACGUUUGUUGCGCAGGAUCCGGUUCUCUUCCCCGGCACGCUACGGGAUAACCUGGACCCGUUGGGUGAGCACAGCGAUGAGGAGUGUGCGUUGGUCCUCAACAAAGUGCUCAAUGCAUCGGGACUGGCAUCAUCCAACUCAGAUGGGAGUAUCGAAAGGUUUUCACUCGACACCCGCGUGGAUGGAGGUGGCAAGAACUUGUCUCAGGGCCAGAGGCAGCUGGUGGGACUGGGAAGAGCCAUGCUGCGCAGAAGUCCCAUUGUUAUUAUGGACGAGGCAACGGCCAGCAUUGAUGGGGAGACGGCGAUGUAUAUCCAUCGGCUGUUGAGGGAAGAGCUCAAGUACAGCACGGUCAUCACAAUUGCGCACAAAGCUGAGGCUGUUGCAGACGCGGAUUUUGAGAUUGUGCUGGAUAGGGGACGGGUAAUCAAGGCUUGUCCGAGAAGGACGGAAAGCCAAAUCACUUCGGUAGCAUGA